AUCUCUACCAUUUGAUCUAGGAAGUCUUUGGAGCUGACAGCUAGCCCAGGCAUGAUGCCCACAGCCAACAGCAACCAAUGGACACAUGGAAACCACAACGCCCCUGCACCACCGCCCACGGGCGCACAGAACUUCGGCCACGGCGCGCCCCAGGACUACUCGUUUCAAUACUCGGCCUGCAACGGCCGGCGGAAAGCGCUACUUAUCGGUAUCAACUACUUUGGUCAAAAAGGCCAGCUUCGAGGGUGCAUCAACGAUGUAAAGAACAUGAGCACAUAUCUAAACGAGUUCUUUGGUUACAAGAGGGAGGAUAUGGUCACUCUGACCGACGACCAGCAGAACCCAAUGAGCCAGCCGUCCAAGGCGAACAUUUUAAGAGCGAUGCAUUGGCUAGUCAAGGAUGCACGCCCGAAUGACUCGUUGUUCUUCCACUACUCAGGACACGGCGGCCAGACCAAAGACUUGGACGGUGACGAAGACGACGGCUAUGACGAAGUAAUCUACCCCGUCGACUUCCGCACUGCCGGCCAGAUCGUCGACGACGAGAUGCACCGUAUCAUGGUCAGCCCCCUGCAACCCGGUGUUCGUCUAACGGCCAUCUUCGACUCGUGUCACUCCGGCUCCGCGCUCGAUCUGCCUUACAUCUACUCCACCCAGGGCGUGCUCAAGGAGCCCAAUCUUGCCAAGGAGGCUGGCCAAGGCUUGUUGGGCAUUGUGUCGAGUUAUGCCAAGGGCGACAUUGGCAGUAUGCUGGGGAGCGCGACGAGCCUUUUCAAGAAGGCGGUCUCGGGAGAUGAGGUGUACAAGAAGAACUUGAAGACCAAGACCAGCCCUGCGGACGUGAUCAUGUGGAGUGGAAGCAAGGAUACGCAGACGUCGGCCGACGCAAGCAUUGGCGGCGAAGCCACGGGCGCCAUGUCCUGGGCCUUCAUCACCGCGCUCCGCAAGAACCCCAACCAGAGCUACGUUCAGCUGCUAAACAGCAUCCGUGACGAACUCGAGGGCAAAUACCAGCAGAAGCCGCAGUUGAGCUGCAGUCAUCCUUUGAAUGUCGACAUCUUGUACGUCAUGUAAAUGCAAGUGUGUAAAGAUGAUGAACAAUGAAUGGACGAGGAUAUGGGAUUGGGAUUGGGAAAGGUUCAUUGUUUGAUUGAUAUCAGGCACUGUUGUAUAGGAAAGGGUCUACAAAAUGGGCACUUCUAUCACAACUGUUGAUGAUUGUGUAUACCUGUUCUUGUAAUUACUUGUGGUGGAACUUCCAAGCGUGUUGCUGCGGCACUCAGUUGCUAUUGGGCCGUUUUUUUUUAAAACAGAACUAAGUUGAAUGUUCACCUACUCACUACUACUGUCUGCACCAACAACCAUUUCAUUGGCGGUGCGUGCACCAUGAGUCGGUCAUCAAGGGUAAAUUGAGUUACACGUACUCGUCCGUUGUUGUCUCUUGUAAGCUAACAAUACCACAAUGGCAAACCU